UCUCACUGUGUGAAUGCAAGUCAGCCGGCGAACCAGUCAGCGAGAGAGGGAAAGUGUGUGAGUGUGUGAGGUGCAGAGUCUGUGCUUGUGUCUGUGUGUGUUUGUGUGUGUGAGUGUGUGUGUGUGACUGUGUUACAGAGAGAGAGAGAGGCAGUCUCUGUCGGUGUAAGAGAAGCCAGGCAGCCGGUGCAGUGUUUUAAAGUGAACGAUACAUCCUGCUCCGCUCCUCUGCCUCUCUUUGGACUAUACCACUAACAGGGACUCACCCUUUGGACUAUCCCGACGCUUCCUCCUCCUCUUGCCUUUGAAGGGAACACCUGUGUGUGCCGUGUGCCGUGUUUGUGUGUGAGCCAAGACAACGGACUUAGCCCCGGUGAUCAGGGAACAGUGGAUGACUUCAGUUGAUGAGGGUUUUGCUGGCGGAAAGACGGGGACUGCUGACCAUGGACUCCCCUCACUAGUAAACGGGGGUGGUGAGGAGGAGCGGCCGUGUCCGGUCAUCAUGUGCACGCGGGCCUAUCCUGACCCCGUCCCUGAGUGCCAGCUGUUCCCGGGAGAGGUGGAGGAGCCUGAGGAGGAGGUGGCAGACGAGGGCAGGGAGAGGGAAUCAGACAGAGACAGUGCAGUGGAAAGUACCCAAGGGUCAGACACCUCUGACGGGCUGAUCAGACCUGGAGACAAGGAAGACUCACUGGGAGAUCUCUUUUUCCCCGGGGAGAAGUGUGGUCAGACCAGCAUCUCAGUGACCUCUGACUUAUCUACACGUUCCUCAGCUUCUCUGAACGAGGAGCAGUUUGAGGACUACGGAGAAGGGGAGGAACCAGACUACACUCCCAGCAGCCCCUGCCCAGACGACGAGACUCGGACCAACGGGUACUCAGACCUCGGCUCAUCUGUUCCUUCCAGUGCGGGCCAGACUCCUCAUAAGGUGCGUCAGCAUUACACCGGUGAACUGAUGGAUGUCUACUGUUCCCAGUGCAGCAAAAAGGUCAACCUCCUAAAUGACCUGGAGGUUCGCCUCAAAAACCUCAAGGCUAACAGCCCCAACAGGAAAAUCUCCAGCACUGCUUUUGGAAGGCAGCUGCUUCACAACAGCAACUUGAGCAGCAGUAACGGCAGCACGGAAGACCUUUUCCGAGACAGCAUUGACUCCUGUGACAUUGAUAUCAAUGAGAAGGUGACGUCUCUUGAGAAGAAGGUGGCAGAGCUUGAGAAUGAGAUUUUGAUGAACGGAGAUCUCAAGUCCAAGCUGAAGCAGGAGAACACACAACUAGUACACAGGGUUCAUGAGCUCGAGGAGCAGCUGAAAGACCAGGAGACGCGAGCAGAACAAAAUCUGCAGGAGGAGCUAAGACGACACCGAGAGUCCUACAGCAAGAUGGAGAGAGACAAGAACACACAGAUAGAGCUGCUGACCAACCGAGUCAAGCAGCUGGAGGAGGACAACAGUGAGAUGAGUCUCAGCAUGUGUCGGCUCAAAUCACAGACAGAGAAACUGGAUGAGGAGAAGCAAAGGAUGACAGACAAGCUGGAGGACACCAGUUUGCGCCUGAAGGACGAGAUGGACCUCUACAGGAAAAUGAUGGACAAACUGAGACAGAACAGACAGCAGUUCCAGAAAGAAAAGGACGCCAUGCAGGAGCUGAUAGAGGACCUGCGUCGAGAGCUGGAGCACUUGCAGCUCUUCAAGCUGGAGGCAGAGAGGCCCGGCCGCAGUCGCAGCUCUUCCUCCGGGCUGGCAGACUUCAACAGCAGGACCAGGGAGGUGGAGCUAGAGCACGAGGUCAAGAGGCUCAAACAGCGAUUUGUGUCCCAGGACUUUCUUCCCCCUGAACUUCAGCACCUGGUGUUGUCUGGGGCUCGGCUCCGUCCUGGUCUGAUGGAGAACCAGAAGCUGAAGGAGCAGAACGAUGAUCUUAACGGUCAGAUCCUCAGCCUCAGUCUGUAUGAAGCCAAGACACUGUUUGCCACGCAGACCAAGGCCCAGUCUCUAGCUGCUGAGAUAGAAAAUGCCUCCAGAGACCAGUUAAUGGAAGCCCUGAAGGAGCAGGAGGAAAUCAACAUACGUCUGCGACAGUACAUGGACAAAAUCAUCCUGUCUAUCCUGGACCACAACCCCUCCAUCCUGGAGAUCAAGGGCAACUAGCAGUGACUCAACUGGAGUGAGAAUCGUUCCCAGUCUCGGGAGAAUGAGGAUCAUUCCAGUUGUUCGAUCAGAACCUGCAACCCGAGUCAGGAAUCUGUACAGGAAAGCGGAGAGAACCAGAGCCAGGCUUAGAAACUGGAACUUAGAAAUAGACGCACAUCGCCCCCUGCUGUUUGUGGCAGGAACAGAAAGGGAGUUUUCUCAACCAGGGAUUGCUCUCUGGCUGCAGGUCAUACUACUGUGACUCUUUGACUUGAUCAACCCUGCUCUGUUUUUAUUUGCUGUCUAUGCUGUGAACUGUAGUUACUGUCACAACUUUGAGAUCAUAUGACAAAACAGAUGUUUCCUCCCAGGAAUAUCCUGCGCUCAACAUGCUUUGAGGAUCGACGAAGUCGCUCCAUGUAGUACACUGGACAUUUGUACUUUGGCAUAAAAACUGGAAGGAUGUAACAAACGUGACGGGGGUUCUGCUGUAUCCUGGUGUAAUAUUAGCUGUAUUAUCCACAGAUAGACAGUUUGGUGUGAUGUCUUAGGAAAAUACGGUGAGACAGAUGAACAAUUCGGCAAGCAGACUGUAAACCCGACUCUUAGAGGCAUGAAGGCAGACCAGUCGAGUGUUGCCUGAUCUGUAAACUGCCCAUCUUUUCUCCUCUGUAGGUGUUCUCUGAAGAAUGCAUUUGAUGACAUAUUUGUACAGGCACGUUUAAAGAGAGGAUAGAGAAAAGUGUCAAAAGUGGUCGGAGAAAGAAAACAAUGAGAACCCCUAUAACUUCAAAGGAAGCAGGAGGUUUUGAAAAAAGUGGGGCGUCAGAUGAUGGACUGUGUAUGCAAGCAAAGGAGGGUUUUAGUGAAGUCGGUAAUGGUUAAUUGAAGGUGAAAUCGUUUAACUCCUGAGAACAUGUCUUCCAGUAACCUUGCAACAGCACUUGCAGUGUCAAUCAGUCCACUGAGAAGUGGCCCUUAGUUGGUUCAGGCGAGUGUCACUUUAUGGAGCAGAAGCUGCAACCAAGGAGUGUCUUUAAACUGUAACUUCCAUGGCUGCUAUUUGCUAGCAAUGCGUUGGCUUGAGAAGGUACAUUGUUGCUAGCAAUAGACCCAAUGAUGUUGCACAGAAAUGUAAGGAUAUGAAUGUACAGGGUGUAUGGGGGAUUCAUGUUGGAGUGACUGGUAGCCAUUGUAACAUGGUUUACUGAAUCAUCUCUUUAUGCUCAAUGAAAUCAACUCAGAUAUUGUACGUGAGUAUGCACUGGAGACUCACUUUUUGGUACAAAACAACUGGAUUAGCAAUCUCAUUGAAGCCUACAGAUUGUUUUUAAAGCCCUCUGAAACUCUCUAAUACUGUAAAUAUAAUGAAUGUACAACUGGAUAUUUCACUUUCUGUGAGGCCAAAAAGGCUUUUUGACUUUAAAUCUCAGUAAUUGGUUUUGACACGUGGUAACACACACGUACAGUAUUCAGUGCUGUAAUGAAGAGGGCAUUGUUUAGGGGAAAGAAAACAAUUACAAUCUGCUGUAUUAUGUAAUUCUUCUAAACUUGAGUUUUGCUUCCUUGCACAAAAAAAAACUUGUUUUCUUUUGCAUGGUUCACCUUUUCUUCUGUCUGUGCCUUUUGAGGACAUUUUUCAAGACGAUGUUGCUAUAGAUUUACAUAGUUUUUUGAAGGUACAUUCUAUGUCUACGUCUGACAUAUUUUCUCGACUUGUAAAUGUUGUAAUUAAAUAGUGAUAAUUUGUA